AAGUGACUGUGGACUGAAUCGGUAUAUAGGACGGAGUCACAAUGUCUAAACGUGAGGCGUUUUUACAGGCCACAGGGAAGGAAACAUUACAGGAUUUCUUGCAUUUCAUUCAGCUUCAUAAAGAUGCGUCAGAUCCUUUUGAACUAGAAGAGAUCCUACAAGAGCUGCCAAGGAAACAGAAGGAGGAAUUAUGGCAGAAGCUGAAGGCUUUACUGAUGGAUACUUUGCUGGCAAAUCCAGUAGAGUCAUGGCACAAAUUAGAUGACGACAGUGACGAUGACAUGGAAGUGGAAGGAUCUUCUGAAGUGAAAACCACUAUGGAGGUUAUACAUGGUGUGACUAUUGUGUCAACAGUCUCUGUGUCUGUGGUGGAAGAGAAUAUGAGUUAUCGCGCUCUCCUGGAAUGUGCUGGCCUUCUCAGUGGUAUUCUGGAAGCUUUACCCAGUUCAGAAUCCCACGUCCGUCUUGCCAUCCAGCGACUGUGUGAGGCCUGGUGGGAGAAAGGCUUAGAAAAGAAGGAGGAAUUUGGGAAAAUUGCGUUUUCAAUGGUUUUGGCAAAGUCACUUGAACCGAAAGGUUUGGCUGCGGACAUUACCCGCUUGUGGCACCUUCAUCCAGCUCUCCUCAGUUUUGAUUACAACUCGGAAGACAGUAAUGAAGUGAGGGAUCUGUUACUCCAGAGCUUUAUGAGUAUUAACCACAUUAAGAAAGAAGAGGGCCGGCGGUUUCUUAGCUUUAUCUUCAGCUGGGACAUCAACUUCAUUAAAAUAAUUCAUGGAACAAUUAAAAACCAGCUUCAGAGUUUACCAAAGUCAUUCAUAUGCCACAUUGCAGACAUUUAUUUAAGAGCAUGGAAAAAAACAUCUGAAGACCUUGCAACGACCAUUGAAGACGUUUGUAUCCAGGACUUCAUGCAUCAUGGAGUUCACUUGCCAAGAAACUCUCCAGUGCACCCCAGAGUGAGAGAGAUACUAAGCCACUUUCACCAGCAGAAACUGCGUCAAGGUGUGGAGGCCAUGCUUUGCAGACUCUACCAGCCUAUUAUUUGGAGAGGUUUGAAGGCCCCCAAUUCAGAGGUCCGAUCCAACGCUGCGUUGCUGUUUGUGGAAGUUUUUCCCCUCCGAAAUCCAAAUAUGAACCAUGCAGAUAUGGACAGUGAAAUCCAAAAACAGCUUGAGCAACUUUUCAAUCUCCUAGAAGAUCCUCAUCCUCUUGUGCGAUCCACUGGAGUUCUUGGAGUCUGUAAAAUCGCUGCCAAGUACUGGGAGAUGAUCCCACCAGCUAUACUGGCGGACCUUAUGAAGAAGAUCCUCAGUGACCUUGCUGGCGAUAUCAGUUCUGCUGAUGUGCGCGCUUCCGUAUUUAAGUCUCUGACAAUACUUCUGGAGAACAAGUUAAGUCAUCCACUGUUAGAGCAAAUGCUGCCAUCACUAAAGUACAGUCUCCAUGAUAAUUCAGAGAAGGUCCGAGUGGCUUUUGUGGAUAUGCUGUUGAAGAUAAAGGCUGCCAGAGCUGCUAAGUUCUGGAAGAUUUGCCAUAUGGAGCACCUGCUAGCCCGACUUGAAGUCGAUUCCCGCCCUGUAUGUCGACGCAUUGUCAAUGUGAUGUUUAACUCUUUCUUUCCUGUCAAUGAGCCAGAGGAAGUCUGGUGUGAGCGGUGUGUGACACUCAUACAAAUGAACCCGGGGGCUGCCCGGAGGUUUUAUCAGUAUGCCUAUGAACAUACUGCCCCCACUAAUAUUGCUAAGCUGAUGCUCAACAUACGGCGCUGUCUGAAUGACUGCCUGCAGAGGAACAUUUGCAGUGAAAAUGAGGAGAAUGAAGAGGACAAUGAAAAUGAUGGCAAUAACAAGAAAAAUAAAAGUGUCCUGGAAAAUGUGCUGUCCAAAGAAGAUACAACAUCUAUGGCCAGUUUACUGGAGAUUGUAGUGAUUAUGUGGAGAAGUAUCAGAAAAGCUCUGGAUCAUAAUGUGGAGGCUAAAAACUACACAAUCAGCAAAUUUGCCUCUGUGCUGCCGGAGUAUUUCAGGGUAUUUAAGGAUGAUCGCUGCACUGUACCAUUAAUAAUCUUGGCUUCCUUUAUGCCCCCAUCGGCCAUCCCAACAUUCAGCUGUUCUGUAUUGUCCAAGUUGAGGAAUUUAAAUAAUGAGGCUGAAGAAAACAAAUACUCUUCACUCAUUGACUGCUUGUGUCGCUGGGGGCAAGUUGGUCACCUCCUGGAGCUAAUAACAGACUGGCUUUCUGAGGCUUUGCCAGAGAAGAAGAAAAAAAAAGAUUCUACACGUAAAGUGCGUAUCCAGGAUACCAUGGAGUGCAAACCAGACUUGGCUUUUAAAUAUAUUGAAUAUCUUUUGACCAAAAGCAUGAACCGAGAUUGUCUACUGGCUGCACAAACAAACAAAUUAAAUAACUUAUUCAAACAGCUGGAGCUUGUCAAGGAGGUUCUGUGGUCCUUCAUGAAGCCAUCUGAAGGAGUGACUCCCAUUCUUAGCCAAGAAACUUCCCUGAGGGCCUUUAGUCUUUACUGCAGGCUCAGUAUCCACCUCCAAAACAAGUUCAGUUCAGAAGGAAGAACUUACUUGUCAAUGUUGGAGGAUACUGGUGGUUGGAUUGAAAGUCAGAUUCUUGGAAUACUUGGAAGCAGUGAGCCCCUCACAGAGCAGCAGGGUAAAAUGGCUCAACUGAUCCUUCAGACCUAUCUGACAGUAUGUAAAGAUGUGAUAAUGGUUGGCCUUGGUGACUCAGAUUUUCAAGCACAGAUUCUUCAAAUUCUGCUCUCAAUAAUACAAAUUGAGGAGUGCUGUGAUUGCCUGCCAACUUUUCUGUCUGUACUAAAAGAAGUAACAGAGGUUUGUCUGGCUCACAAGAUAAAUAAUGCAAAUGCUGAGUUGGAUAAACACCUUGAUGCUAUACAGACAUGCUUCCACAAAGCUAUAGAGGUUUCCGCUCGCAGACUGAGGAAAGAGCAAGAUGAAGCAUUCCAGUUGCUGCACUCCAUUCAGGUGCCUAUUGGACAGUUUGUGAACACAGUUCAGUGCUGGCAUAUGGCGUCUUCAGAAGUCCACCACGGGACCCUCUCCACAAUCAUCGCAGCUGUGGUGGUGGAAAUAAGCCACGCUUUGCGGAAAAUUUCAGAUCCAGAUGAGAUUGCCAUUCCAACAUCGGUAUCAGAGUUGCCGCCGUUGUCUAGGUGCUUAAUGUCAGUUGUUAUAAAGACGUCAAGUGUGCUAAAUGCAUUUUUAGGUGAUCUUGCUACAUGUGUUUUGGCGGAAGAGAUUGAAGGAAUACUGAGCUUAACUGCAUCCUUACAUAUCAUCAUGGUCAGCAGUAAAGGGAAACGCUUGUCUGCAGUAUCUAAAGACAUUGCUGCAACAGUAUAUAGAAAGCUGAAGAACCACAGAGAAGUCACAAUGGAAGAUGAUGAAAACAUAGAAAGAGCUAUAUAUGAAUCAUCAAUGAGAACCUUAGAUCAGCUUCUACAGCCGUAAAAAGACCCAGAAGCCAAACGCCUUUUUUUUUUUUAAACAAGAUAAAUGUACAGAGGUUGGAUAUCACUAACCAGCAUUUUUAUAUAUUUAAUAACAAACAAGACAAACUCUCGGGAGUCUACUUAAUGUAAUGUACAAUUUAAAGAACUGUUUUGUAAGCAUCUUUGUAAAUAUAAAAUAUAUGAAUGAA